AACAAUAAUACAAAUACUUUGACAAAUGUUGGAAAUGUUUUAAAUAAUAAUUUGAAUGAUUUUGAGAGUGAUCUGAUUAUCCAUAAGUCCAGUGUUUGCAAUCAAAGUAAUAGUAUACUGGCCUCAGCCACGGCCUCCAUCUCAACGCACAGUCAGACCAAUAGGCCGUCUCCAAGAAUCUCAAUCCAAGUUAAGGUCGAAGAAAACAGUAUUAGUAGUAAUGAAGAUAACAGUAAUGGUGAUUGUAACGGAACAGUUGCCAAUAAUGGACAACAGUUACCUUCCGUGGCUAACAAUUGGCCCAAUGCUUGUAUCUAUAAGUGCAACAUCUCUGCCUCCGCCGACACUCGACGUUAUGUCUAUAAUGAAGACAAAUGUUUGGAGACUGAUAUCGAGUCUAAGAAUCAGGAAAACGAAACAAACCAUUUGAUUGCACUGAGAGAUCAAUUUCUUUGCUCUGGAAGUGCUUUCUCAGCAAAUUCACCCCCGAAUAGUCAACAUUAUAUUGUGGAUAAUUUUGGAAAUCAUUGUCCAUCAAAACUGAAUUCCUUACGAGAGGAUGGACUUAACAUACGCUCAAAUCCAUUGCAAGAGUCUUCAGUCAAUAAUUCAGAUGAUAAACAAUUGGAUCCAAUUUAUUGGAAUUGGGAACAAGUGAGACAAUGGCUCGAAUGGACAGUUAAAGACUAUGUAUUGCAUGACAUCGAUAUCAAUAGAUUCAAUCACUUUGUCGGCAAAGACUUGUGUCGUAUGACUCGCGAUGACUUCAAGAAGUUGACGAACUCUAACAAUGGAGAACUCCUUUACGCACAGUUCCAACUCCUCAGACAAUCAUCCAUUAAUCUUUGCAAACAAGAGAAGCAAACAAAUCAAUCGAUCGACACAUUAACAACACUAACUUCUUCAUAUCAAAACAAGAGUAGUUAUUCUCAGAACCUGAUCCACAGCAGUGCCAACUCUGGUCACAACUUUAGACUUACAAAAAAUGAGACCUCAUAUAAGGGUGCGUGGGGUUCACCGUCUCCUUCCCCGAGUCAAGGCUAUCAUCACAAUGCCAUCAGCGGUAUGACAAAGCCAUCAGUACUGGAGCCGCACAGUCACUCACACUUACGGAAUAUGCAGGAUCCAUAUACUAUGUUUGGACCUACAACUCAACGAUUGACAACAUCAGGUUCGGGUCAAAUUCAAUUGUGGCAAUUUCUACUUGAGCUUCUUCAAGAUAGUGCUAAUUCACACUGUAUUACGUGGGAGGGAACUAAUGGAGAAUUCAAACUAUCAGACCCAGAUGAAGUGGCGCGAAGAUGGGGUGAAAGGAAGAGUAAGCCUAAUAUGAAUUACGAUAAAUUGAGUCGAGCUUUGCGUUAUUAUUACGAUAAAAACAUAAUGACCAAGGUCCAUGGCAAACGAUACGCUUAUAAAUUUGAUUUCCAGGGUUUAGCUCAGGCCACACAACCAACAACGGCUGACCCGUCGGCAUACAAAGCGGCCUAUCAAUCGGCCGAUCUAUUCAUGCAUCCGCCGCCAGGCUAUCCACAUCACGGAUCGGCUGCAAAACACCUCAACUUUGCCGCCGCCGUUCACAGCGCCGGUAUCUCUCCGUCGACUUCUGGUAGUAUAUUCCCGUCGGCGUCUUCCUAUUGGACGAGUCCGAGCAAUCUAUACUCAAAUAUAGCUGCGGCAUCGGCCACACAUCACGCUUCAAUGCCACACCAUCACCACCCGUCUCAUGUGACCUCUCAUAUUGGCUCAUAUUCUCAUUACGCGUGAUAAGCAUUGCAACGCUUAAUAUCUUACUUUUAACACACUUUUACUCAAUUAAUGUCAGGAAAGGUAUGAAACAUUGAUACUC